UACGCUACUAUAUCAGUGUUAAUGUAUAACGACUUUGGUUCUACGCGGUCUUCCUAGUUUAUUGUAUCUUGCAUGACGUUAGAUUUAUCCUUGUUAGGAGGGCGUGCAAUUUUCACGAUCUCCAUUUGCAUAUUUUCGUGAUAAUGCCAAAAAGGAAGAAUCAGGCUCUUAUAGAUUCUGAUAGUAGUGGCAGUGCAUCAGAAAGUGGCUCGGACUUGGAUAAUGACUUAUUAUCUCUCGCCAAAAAAAAGAAAGGCAAAGCCCAAGAUGAUUCUCAGUCUAAUGAAGAAACUAGCACUACUAGAAAAGAUAAUAAACAUGAUUCAGACACAUCAGAUUCAGAUGAUGAUUGGGGUGCAAAAACUGGUAAAAAUAAAAAGAAGAAAGUGCCAACUAAAAGAAGUAAACGUAAAAUGACAAAGUCUAGUAGUGAAGAAAGUGCCAGUGAAAUAGAGCCCGAAAAGAUCUCUGAACCAGAAGAAGGUGAGGUUUCAGAUUCGGAUGCCAGUGUUUCUGACUCUAGCCAAGAAGAAUUUAACGAUGGUUAUGAUGAUAAAUUAAUGGGAGAUGCUGAGGAUCAAGCAAGACUUGCCCAAAUGACAGAAAAAGAACGUGAACAAGAAAUUUUUAAACGUAUUGAACAACGUGAAAUUAUGAAAACAAGAUUUGAGAUUGAAAAAAAAUUGAGAAUGGCUAAAAAACAAGAAUUAAAAAAACAAAAGGAAUCAAGGAAGAAAGAAAAGAGUGCAGAGGAAAAGAAAGUUGACAGAGCCCCAGAUCCUAAAGAACGAAGCAAAGAUCGUAAAAAGACAAUAGAAGAAAAACAAGAUAAAAAGUUCCAUGCAAUGUCUCUUCUAAAAGCAAGACGAGAAGAGAAAAAAGAAAGAGAGGAGAAAGAAAAACAAAGGAUAGAACAGCAGCAACAGCAAUCAAAGGAUAUUGAAGAAGAAGAAUUAGAAGACGACCAUAAAGGAGGAGCAAACAAAACAAAACUUAAAGCAUCUGAUAUUUAUUCUGAUGAUAGUGGUUCAUCAGAUAGUGGUGAAGAAGAAGAAACUACUAAACCAUCGUCUCAUCGCAGAUCAUCUUCAAGUGAUAGUAGGGAUACUGAUUCUGAUACUGAUAAAAAAUCUAUUACCAGUAAUAAAGCCAAACCGAAGAAACCAAUAUAUGUCAGUACCAAGGAAGAUCUCAACAAAAUUAGAUUGUCUCGUCAUAAAAUGGAAAGAUUUGUACAUCUACCUUUCUUUGAUAGAGUGGUACAAGGUUGUUUUGUUAGAAUUGGCAUUGGAAACAAUAAUGGAAAACCAGUAUAUAGGGUAGCUGAAAUUAGUGGUGUAUGUGAAACAGGAAAAAUCUAUCAACUUGGUGGAACUAGAACAAAUAAAGGAUUGAAACUAAGACAUGGAGCUCAAGAACGGGUAUUUAGAUUAGAGUUUGUGUCAAACCAAGAGUUUACUGAAUCUGAAUUUUUCAAAUGGAAAGAAACUUGUGCUUUGCAAGGAAUAUCAAUGCCAACUUUUGAAGAAGUUGAACAAAAAUUAAAAGACAUUAAAGAAGCUUUAGUAUACGAAUUCAAAGAAGAAGAUAUAGAAAAAAUAGUCCGGGAAAAGGAAAGAUUUAAACAAACUCCAUAUAACUAUGCAAUGAAGAAAGCGCAACUUAUGCGUGAAAGAGAUGCAGCUAAUUGUAGAGGGGAUGACGAAACUGCCAGUCGGCUUAACCAAGAAUUGAGUGAACUUGAAGAACGUGCUUCCGAACUUGAUAAAAUGCGCACUGCAACAAUAUCUAGCAUAUCUUACAUUAAUGAUCGUAAUCGAAAAAAGAAUGUUGAAGAAGCUGAAAAAGCAAUCAUGGAAGAAAUUAAAGCCAAUAAAGGUAAAAAAGUUGAUGAUCCAUUCACUAGGAGAAGUACUAAACCAAGAAUGGUUUUUAAACCAGAAGAUGAAGAAAUAUCGUCUACCGCUCUAGUAAAUGAUAAAGCAAGUCCUCAACAAACUGAAGUAGUAGCAGUAUCUAACGAAAAAGAAAAUAGUCAAGAAACAAAGAAGAAACAAAGUACUGAAGAUUUAUUUAAUGCUCACGACUUUGAUAUCACAAUAGAUUUAGAGGUACCAAUUCCAAAUAAUCCCGUUAGUGUAUUGCCGAAACCUAUUAGUAAUAUCAAAGAUACUGGACCUCGACGAUCUUUAAAUUUGGAAGAUUAUAAGAAAAAACGAGGACUAAUCUAACGUUUUAUUAGCUUUAGAAGUAAAAAAAAUGAGUCCUUGAUGAUCUGAUUAAUUCUGAAAACAAGGAUGAAGUUUUGUAACAGUUGACUGAGAAACUAGCUUAUGUAUAGUUCUCGUAUAACAUUAUUUUUUUGUUAUAAAUAAUGAUUCCUCUUUUAUAGAAAGAAUAUAGAUGGUUUGUACCAUAUUAUUCUA